GCAGUGCGCAAGCGCAGAGGAGGGCGGGCUGAAGCAGCUAAAGCGGCGGCGGCGGAGGCUCCGGCAUAGGGGCGGGAGCUGAGGCGGGAGCGGACGGGCUGGUGGUCGAGCGAGAGGCGGCGGAAUGGUGGACUACCACGCGGCGAACCAGUCGUACCAGUACGGCCCCAGCAGCGCGGGCAAUGGCGCUGGCGGUGGGGGUGGCAUGGGCGACUACAUGGCCCAGGAGGACGACUGGGACCGGGACCUGCUGUUGGACCCGGCCUGGGAGAAGCAGCAGCGCAAGACCUUCACAGCCUGGUGCAAUUCCCACCUGCGCAAGGCAGGCACACAGAUAGAGAACAUCGACGAGGACUUCAGAGACGGGCUCAAGCUCAUGCUUCUCCUGGAAGUCAUUUCAGGGGAGAGGUUACCUAAGCCAGAGCGGGGGAAGAUGAGAGUGCACAAAAUCAACAAUGUGAACAAAGCCCUGGACUUCAUCGCCAGCAAAGGAGUCAAGCUGGUCUCCAUUGGGGCAGAAGAGAUAGUGGACGGCAACGCAAAGAUGACCCUGGGAAUGAUCUGGACCAUUAUCCUGAGGUUUGCCAUCCAGGACAUCUCUGUGGAAGAAACUUCUGCCAAGGAAGGGCUCCUUCUCUGGUGCCAGAGAAAGACUGCCCCAUAUAAGAAUGUCAACGUGCAGAAUUUCCACAUCAGCUGGAAGGACGGUCUUGCCUUCAAUGCCCUCAUCCACCGGCACAGACCAGAGCUGAUUGAGUAUGACAAACUGAGAAAGGAUGACCCAGUCACCAAUCUGAACAACGCCUUUGAAGUGGCUGAGAAAUACCUCGACAUCCCCAAGAUGUUGGAUGCAGAAGAUAUUGUGGGCACUCUGAGGCCAGAUGAGAAGGCCAUCAUGACUUACGUGUCCUGCUUCUACCACGCUUUCUCGGGGGCCCAGAAGGCUGAGACUGCUGCCAACCGGAUCUGCAAGGUGCUGGCUGUCAACCAGGAGAAUGAACACCUGAUGGAAGAUUAUGAGCGGCUGGCCAGCGACCUCCUGGAGUGGAUCCGCCGCACCAUCCCCUGGCUGGAGGACCGUGUGCCCCAAAGAACCAUCCAGGAGAUGCAGCAGAAGCUGGAGGACUUCCGUGACUACCGGCGUGUGCACAAGCCACCCAAGGUGCAAGAGAAGUGCCAGCUGGAGAUCAACUUCAACACACUACAGACCAAGCUGCGCCUCAGCAAUCGGCCAGCCUUCAUGCCCUCUGAGGGCAGAAUGGUCUCGGACAUCAACAAUGGCUGGCAGCACCUGGAGCAGGCCGAGAAGGGCUACGAGGAGUGGCUGCUGAAUGAGAUACGCAGGCUGGAGCGGCUCGACCACCUGGCAGAGAAGUUCCGGCAGAAGGCUUCCAUCCAUGAGGCCUGGACUGACGGGAAAGAAGCCAUGCUGAAGCACCGGGACUAUGAAACAGCCACCCUGUCGGACAUCAAGGCUCUUAUCCGCAAGCAUGAGGCCUUCGAGAGUGACCUGGCUGCGCACCAGGACCGUGUGGAGCAGAUUGCGGCCAUUGCCCAGGAGCUUAACGAGCUGGAUUACUACGACUCUCACAAUGUCAACACCCGGUGCCAGAAGAUCUGUGACCAGUGGGACACCCUGGGCAAUCUGACCCACAGUCGCAGGGAAGCCCUGGAGAAAACAGAGAAGCAGCUGGAGACCAUCGACCAGCUGCACCUGGAGUACGCCAAGCGGGCCGCCCCUUUCAACAACUGGAUGGAGAGCGCCAUGGAGGACCUCCAGGACAUGUUCAUUGUGCACACCAUCGAGGAGAUCGAGGGCCUGAUCUCAGCACACGACCAGUUCAAGUCGACCCUGCCGGAUGCUGACAGGGAGCGCGAGGCCAUCCUGGCCAUCCACAAAGAGGCCCAAAGGAUCGCUGAGAGCAACCACAUCAAGCUGUCAGGCAGCAACCCCUACACCACCGUCACCCCCCAGAUCAUCAACUCCAAGUGGGAGAAGGUGCAGCAGCUGGUGCCAAAGCGGGACCACGCGCUCAUGGAGGAGCAGAGCAAGCAGCAGUCCAAUGAGCACCUCCGCCGCCAGUUCGCCAGCCAGGCCAACGUGGUGGGGCCCUGGAUCCAGACCAAGAUGGAGGAGAUAGGGCGCAUCUCCAUCGAGAUGAACGGGACCCUGGAGGACCAGCUGAACCACCUGAAGCAGUACGAGCGCAGCAUUGUGGACUACAAGCCCAACCUGGACCUGCUGGAGCAGCAGCACCAGCUCAUCCAGGAGGCCCUCAUCUUCGACAACAAGCACACCAACUACACCAUGGAGCACAUCCGCGUGGGCUGGGAGCAGCUGCUCACCACCAUCGCCCGCACCAUCAAUGAAGUCGAGAACCAGAUCCUCACCCGAGACGCCAAGGGCAUCAGCCAGGAGCAGAUGCAAGAGUUCCGGGCAUCCUUCAACCACUUCGACAAGGAUCAUGGCGGGGCCCUGGGGCCCGAGGAGUUCAAGGCCUGCCUCAUCAGCCUGGGCUACGACGUGGAAAACGACCGGCAGAAGCAGACAGGCAGCAUGGACUCCGAUGACUUCAGGGCUCUGCUUAUCUCCACAGGAUACAGCCUGGGCGACGCCGAGUUCAACCGCAUCAUGAGUGUGGUUGACCCCAACCACAGUGGCCUCGUGACCUUCCAAGCCUUCAUCGACUUCAUGUCGAGGGAGACCACUGACACAGACACAGCCGACCAGGUCAUCGCCUCCUUCAAGGUGCUGGCCGGGGACAAGAACUUCAUCACGGCUGAGGAGCUGCGGAGAGAGCUGCCCCCCGACCAGGCGGAGUACUGCAUCGCCCGCAUGGCGCCCUACCAGGGCCCCGAUGCCGUGCCCGGCGCCCUGGACUACAAGUCCUUCUCCACGGCACUCUAUGGCGAGAGCGACCUGUGAGGCCCCCCCACCACCGCACCACACCCUCCUCGAGGCCUCCCGGAGGGGCCCGGCUCCCUGUUCCCCUGACUCUGUAUCUAUGCAAAGCACUCUCUGUCGGGCCUUUGGGGGUGGGAGGGUGGGCAGGGAGGGGCUGGGGCAGGCUCUCUCCUCUCUCUUGUUGGUUGGCCAGGAGGUCCCUGCAUCAGGUAGGAGAAGGGAGACUUUUGGGGUUCAUGCCCCUGGUCUGGUAAAUAUAUAUGAUGUGUUAUUGUGGUUGUUUUUUUUUUUUUACCUAUGUGGAGACAGCGGAUCCCCAUAGGAAGGCAGUCCCCUCUGUGCCCUGGGGAUGCCCCUCCACCCGGGUCCUUCCCUUUGCCCUUGAGGUCCCUUCCAGGCCUCCCACAUCCAGGCCAAAGCCCCAUGUGCCUUGUCCAGGAACCACCCUGCCCUGCGAGGGGUCCAGCAGAGGGCGCCAGAGCUACCCACUGGGCCAACCCGCUCCCUUCCCCCGCCUCCCUGGCGGUGGCAUCUGUGAGUGCCAGGAGCUGAGGUGCACCACCCAGCACCCCCAGUGCCGCAGAGGAGGUGUGCAGGCAGGUUGGGCCCUCGCCCCAGGCAGCCCUGGCCUUGCUUUGUUUGGACUUGCCGUCUCAUUUUCUAAGGACCAAAACAAAACAACAAAAAUACAAAAAAACAACAACAAAAACAAAAAAGCCACAAAAAAAUUUUAAAAAACUACAAAAAUUAAAAACUUUCAGAAGAUUACUAUUUACUUUAUUAACUUACGGAUUUAUUAUAUAAAUAUAUAUUCACCUAGCAACAUAUCUCUGCCGCCUCUUGCUCUCCUAAUGAAGACAUAGCUGAUGUACUGCCCGCCCGGCCCCUUCCUGUUGUCGUCCUCGUGUGUGUUGGGCAGGGUCUCGGGACCUCCUGAGGUGGGGGUGGGCUGCUGGCCUGGCUGCCUGGUAGUUGAUGGUUUUGCCUCCCCCUCCCCACUUCUGAGUUUAUUCUGAUUGAUUUUUUUUCUCGGUUUCUGGAUAAACCACCCUUCUGGGGACAGGAUAAUAAAACAUGUAAUAUUUUUAAGAAGGA